GGGCCCCUGGGCCGCAAGGCGUCCGCGGCGGCGCUGUGGCCCCCGGCCAUUCGGGCCGCGAGGGGCCGGCGCGUUCGCACGGCCGGCGAGCGGGGCGCGGGGAAGCGGCCCCGCGGGAUUCCGGACCAGAUAUGAAAGAUGGCAAGUCCAGAUAGAAGUAAACGGAAAAUAUUAAAAGCCAAAAAAACAAUGCCUUCAAGUUGCCGGAAGCAAGUAGAGAUCCUGAAUAAGUCUAAGAAUGUUGAAGCUCUGAGAACAGCAGCAAUUGGGAGUAAAGUUCCAAGUGGUAGUCAGAAUUUAAGUACUGAGCUCAUAACUAGCAAGUGUAAACAUUCUGAAAAUGUUGAUUCCUCAUUCAAUUCUAACAAAAAUUCAGUAUUCUCACAGAAGAGUAUAGUGGUUACUAAGAAUUUAAUAAAACCAGUAGAAGAAAUUGUUGAUUCAGAUACAAGAUUGGAAUACAUUGAUGAACAAGUUGUGUGUCGUUACCAAAAGCCAAGAAAAACAUUAGAUUCUCCCAGCAAAUUGUUUAUACAAAGGGCAGAAGAUUCCCAGAACACUUCUGAAACUCAUCUGGAAUAUCAGACAAAAGUAAAAGAAUCCUUUUUUGAACACGAAGAGAAUUGUAAUCUAAAACCCAUUUAUUGCACACCCAUCAUAUUGAGUGAUAUAGUUCAGAAUACCUUGAAUGGUAAGAGAAUCGAUGAGAUGGUUUCCAAUUUAGAAGCAAACUCCAAUUCAGAGUCACUUGAUGGAAGGCAAAAUGACAUUUUAAACCCAAACUCACAUUUUGUGCCUGUUGAGAAAACAUCUAGUUUGGUGAAUUUAGUUAAUUCCUCCUGCUAUACUGCUAACAGUUUGAAAACAGAAGAAUCCUGUAGAACCUGUCAUUUCAGCAUUUCAAAUUGUGAAAGUACAGACUCAAAGUGGCAGUCAUUACUCAACACUGAUGCUAAUAACAGCCAUAAUCAAAAGAAGAGAAUGCUUUCAGAAAACAAAGAAAAUGUUAAACGCAUGAAAACUUCAGAGCCAAUUAAUGAAAAUAUUUGUGUAGCUCUGGAAAAGCAAACAGCAGUACUGGAACAGGUCAGACAUUUGAUUCGACAUGAGAUCUAUAGGAUAAAUUACAAACUAUUUGAUAAAAAACUGAAAGAAUUGAAUGAACGCAUUGGGAAGACACAGUGCAGGAAUAAACAUGAAGCAACAGCUGAUGAACUCUUUGCAAAAAUAGCAAGACUUCAAAGACGUAUUAGAACAGUAUUAUUAUCUCAAAGGAAUUGUUUGGAACCAAACACAUUACCUAAUAACAUAGGCUGUAAGAUUGCAAAUUCAGAGACCAUGAAUUUGUGUAGGAGUCAAGAAUCAGUUAGUGAUGAUAGAGUGACUUCUAUGAACUGCGAAUCUUCUAACACCAUCAAGAAAACAAGUGAAAAGAUGAAUUUGUCACCAGAUUGUGUUGAGUUUGUUUCUGAAAGUAACAAUGAUGAUGUUAUGUUGAUUUCUGUGGAAAGUCCUAAUUUGACAACUCCAGUUACAUCAAAUCCAACAGAUAUUAGAAAAAUUACAUCAAGAAAUUUCAACAAUUCACCUAAUGCUAUAGCAGAAGUCAGGAGCGUAGAGAAGAAGAAACUUGAUUUUGUUAUUGAUUUGACCAAAGAAGGCCUGUCCAACUGCAACACAGGAAUUCCAGCAUCCAUCCGGGAGUCACCUUUGAAAACUGUUUUAAGUUCAAAAGACAUAACUCCAGUGGCAGGAAAUACAACCGAGGAUUUUGAUUCCUUUGAGCACCUGCCACCUCUCCCAGAACCACCACCACUACUCCCUGAACUGGUGGACAAAAUCGGGGACACACUCCCUCCCCAGAAGCCAGAGCUCAAAGUGAAGCGUGUGCUGAAACCUAUGGGCAUCGCCCUGACUUGGAACAUCAGCAAGAUCAACCCUAGGUGUGCUCCUGUGGAAAGCUACCACCUCUUCCUGUGCCAUGAGAACUCAACUAACAAGUUGAUUUGGAAGAAAAUUGGAGAAAUUAAAGCUUUACCACUCCCAAUGGCCUGUACUUUAUCUCAGUUUUUGGCUUCCGACAAAUAUUAUUUUACUAUCCAGUCAAAAGACAUUUUUGGGCGAUAUGGACCAUUUUGUGAUAUAAAAUCUAUCCCUGGGUUUUCUGAAAAUCUUACCUAA